UUCCAAGAUGGCAGCCAACAGCAGCAGCACGGGUAGCAAAUCUAGCAGCAGCGCCGGAGGAAAACAGUCCGGCCCUUCAGCCGAACAGGUGGUGGCAACAUUUCAGAGGAUGCGGCAGGAACAACGCAGUAUGGCUUCUAAAGCUGCUGAGUUGGAGAUGGAGAUCAACGAGCACAGCUUAGUAAUUGAAACCCUGAAAGAUGUGGAUCCUUCGAGGAAAUGCUUUCGUCUAGUAGGAGGAGUGUUGGUGGAGAGAACGGUAAAAGAAGUUCUACCGGCCUUGGAAAACAACAAAGAACAGAUCUCCAAAAUAAUCGAGUCCAUCAACACACAGAUGCAGACGAAAGGACGGGAACUCACAGAGUACAGGGAACGCUACAACAUCCGGUUGGUGGGAGAGGGCGAGGGAGAGGCACAAGGCCAGUCAGCGGCGUCCUCCAGGGACAGCGAGGGAAGCGGGUCCAAAAGCGGUGCUGGUGUUUUAGUGUCAUAAUUUAUAAUAAAGGGCUACAGUAGGGCCUUAUGAUUUCUGCAGUACUGAAAACACAGUUGGAGUCACAAAAUCUAAGUUCAAAAACGGAACCCUACACAGGAAAACUUUGGAUUUGGAGAUCAUUGAAAUUUCUGCUAAAUACACCUGGCAUUGAAGUAGUUUGCAACAGACACAAUAUUCAAAGUGUACAUAGUACUCUGCUUACGUAUGUUCAGAGUGAAUGCUAGUGUGUGUAAAAAUACGAGUUGUUUGUCUUAUAUUUGCCUUCAUAUUGUGGCUUAAAUUCAACAAUUAAAUUCUGCCUUUUAGUCUUGCUCUCAUUUACACACGAGUGAGUUAAUGUUAUUUUAUUGUCUCAGAUAAAAAAAAAUUUCCCCCAUGUAAGAUAUAAUUAGGUAGUUCAAAAUAAUUUAAUAACACCUAGAACAUACAAGACAAACUAGAUCACAUUGCAUUUUGAGUAAACAUGCUUUUGCAUUUUGUAAACUUAAGAUUUUGGACUAACAACUUAAAAAUGUGAACACAUAAAAGCUGAUUUCAUAGGCCCCUAAAGUAGGUUGAAAGUCACCCUUGUCAAGGCAGAACUGGUCCUGGAAGGCAUUUGCCAAUAUGUGUUAGAGAUUAUACUGUAAACAUGUCCCUGUAGAUCAAAAUGAAUCUUGUCAGCUUUAUUCACCUUCCCUCUGUGACACAUUUUAUGUGCGUCUUCAAACAUAAGCCAUGCAUUGAAAGGCUGCUGGUUUGUAUACAUAAUACUGAUGUGAGGUCAGUUUGUAUUCAGUAGUUACUAAAGCUCAAAACAGUGAUGUGACCAGGGAAUGCUACAGCACACCUUAAUAAUAAAGUCCUGUCAUUAAAAACACAACAUAAUGUGUUGUAUUCUUUUUGAUCUGUAGCGCAUGCUUGAGCUUGGAAUGGUUAAAUUAAAUUGUUAACAGUCUAAAUCAAGGAAAUGCCUCCUAGGACCUGAUGGGUACUGUCACACUGUUCAUGUAGUUGUUAGGGCAAAAAUGUUUUUGUUAAUGAUCAUCAAUUAAAGAAUGUCACAAUUGCG